AUCAGCUCACCGUAUGUUUAUCUGCCGCUUGGUUUUUCAUAAAGGAACCACCUCAUAACUUAUUGUGUUUGUUUGAUUGUUCGUCGAUCGACUCGAUAAACAUGUCGGAGAAUGAGGAGGACCUCCAGAGAGAGCAGAGCGACAGCACGAAGAAGAAGAGAGAAAAACAAAGUGCGAAGAAGAAGAAAAAGAAGAAUGGGGAGGAAGAGGAGGAGGAGAAGUACAAAGAAGAGGAAGAGGAGGUUAAGGAGGAAGAGAAGAGCAGUGAGGGUGUUUUGCUGCGUGGGAUCUUCAAAGUGGGGAAGAAGAGUCAUGACGUGUUACUCACCCAAGCGAGGCUGACGUGGAUCCCCAUCAUCCCGGAGAACCCCAAAGGUGAGACGAGUGUCCCGCAGCCAGGUGUACUGCUGCUGCAGGAUGUGUAUGCAGUGAAGGUGAAGCGGCGGCGGGCGGCGGGACAGCAGUCGGGGGGGGCCGUGCUCGGUGUGGCUCUGUUCUGCUGCAAGAGGAGAGGGAGGAGGCUGGAGGGGGAUACGCUGCACCUCCACAACGCCUCCACAGAACACACACACAUAUGGUACAACACCCUGAAGGAGCUGAUCACAGGGCCCAGCACUCGUCCCAGGUAUCUAAAGGUGUUCAUAAACCCCUGCAGCCACAAGAAGGACGCCGUUCACAUCUACAGAGAACACGUGGCUCCCCUCUUCAAAAUGGCUGACGUCCGCACUGACAUCACUGUUACGGAGAAAAAGGGUCAUGCUCUCUCAGUGAUGAAGGAAUGCAAGCUGGAUGGAUAUGAUGGGGUGGUGUGUGUUGGGGGGGACGGGUCGGUGGCGGAGCUGUGUCACGCUCUGGUCUUCAGAGCUCAGCUGGAUGCUGGAUCCCCAGAGAAACCAGUGACAGCAGUGCUGCCUCUUGGAAUCAUUCCUGCUGGUUCUACAGACGUGGUUUCCUGUUCUGUUCAUGGAGUCAGAGAUCCAGUCACUGCAGCCCUGCACAUUGUCCUUGGUCACCUGCAGCAGGUGGACAUGUGCAGCUUCUCGUCUCUCGGUCAGUUGGUGCAUUUCGGUUUCUCCGCCAUGUUUGGCUUUGGUGGACAGUGCUUAGCGCGGGCGGAGAAGAAGAGGUGGAUGUCCUCAACGCGGAGACGAGAGUAUGCUCUGGUGAAGACGCUGGCUAGGCUGAGACCAGAGGACUGUCAGCUGUCUUUUCUACCAGCAAAGAAGUCAAACAGAGACAAGGACUCCGGGUCAGUUGAUGCAGAAGUGGAGGAGUCCUGGACGACCAAUCAGGGCUUGUAUCUGAGCAUCAGCAUCAUGUCCGUCCCCUGCCUGAGCCCACACACACCUCGAGGUCUCGCUCCCAACACCAGUUUGGCAAAUGGCAGCGCAGCAUUGAUCGCUGUCGGAAACACUUCCAGGUCAGAGUUCAUCAAACACCUGAAGAGAUACGGCAGCUCCAGUGGACAGUUCAGCUUCUCCUUCGUGGAGACGCACGACGUGUCCGCAGUGAGGAUCCGCCCUCGCUCGCUGGUUGGCUGGACGGAGGAGGAGAGUGAGGAAGAGGGCGAGUCCAAAACCUCGCCAAUCAUCCAAUCAGAGGCCUCCGCCUUUACCCUGAACAUCGACGGAGAGCUGGUGGAGAUUGCUAACGAAGUGCUUAUCAGGGUCCACCCGCGGCUCAUCACUCUGUACGGGGAGGAGGUGGACGAGGCCGAGUCGACCGUCUCCUGCAGCUGCAUCUGAGUCCAUCAGAGAGACAAAGACACAUCGCCAUGGUAACAACAGUGACUCGACAGUGCCCUCUCUGGGUCAUUACUGUUUCCAUCGCGAUGUGAACUAACGUAGAAGCUUUAAUCAAAGUAGAAACAGAGCUUUGCAGCUUCCUGUUUACUUCAUGCAUUGUUUUUUUUUAAUAACUGCAGCUUUAAUAACAUAACGUAACUUUUGUAAGCUCUCUUUAACUCCAAACUACCCGUGCUUUGUAAAGUUUGUCACGCCUAGACCAGACUGAAGAGGAUAAAGAUUUUUUUUUUUUAUUCAAAUUAAUGUUUACAUUUUACAAAAUGUUAAUACCAAGCUCUUCUCAAAUGGCUUUAUUUUACUAAUGCCUAUUUUUUUACAAUUUUCAUUUUGUUUUAUCUUGUCCAUUUUCUGGAAGUUAAAAGUAUUGAAUCCAACACUGUGAGAAAAAAAUAUAAAGUUUAUGUUAAAUGUUUUUGUACAGAUGAGCAGAACCAGACUCGACGAGCCCAAAGUGUCCAAAGACUGUAAUAUUUUAAUAUAACAUUUUGUAUUAUAUUAUUCUGAUAAAGCAGUGUUUUAACAGAUGUAAUCAUGAUGAUGAAAAAAUACAAGUUGUUUAAAUAGAAAAUCCUUAAUUUUAAUAGAAAGGUGUUGCUAAAAGCAGUGAGACUCCAGUGCAGAACAACUUCACAUAAACAAAAACAUACUCAUUCAUUAAAAUACUAAGAAGAUAUUUCUGUGUGAUGUGCAUUUGUAUUAAAUAAACAUAAAGGAAGGUA